CGAACAUCAACAAAGCGUACCGCGGGAAGAUUUUUUCAGUUGCCUGUCGAAGAAGCAGCGGAGUUGCCAAAGUAGUCCCACGAAAAUGAGUUUGUGGGUGGACAAAUACCGACCCACGUCGCUCGGCAAACUCGACUACCACAAAGAACAAGCGUCCCAGCUCAAGAGCCUGGUUCAAUAUGGCGACUUCCCCCAUUUGCUGGUCUACGGUCCGUCAGGCGCGGGCAAGAAGACUCGCAUCAUGUGUCUGCUGAGGGAACUCUACGGUGCCGGCGUGGAGAAGCUUCGCAUCGAGCACCAGACCAUUGUGGCUCCCUCCAAGAAGAAGAUUGAGAUCAACACUAUAGCCAGCAACUACCACCUGGAGGUCAACCCCAGUGAUGCAGGCAACCAGGACCGUGUGGUUAUUCAGGAGCUGAUCAAGACCAUGGCUCAGUCUCAGCAGAUCCAGUCCAGCACGCAGAGAGAGUUCAAAGUGGUGCUGCUCACCGAGGUUGACCGGCUGACCAAGGACGCCCAGCACGCUUUGCGGCGCACCAUGGAGAAAUACAUGGCCACCUGCCGCCUGGUUCUUUGCACCAACUCCACCUCCAAGGUCAUCGGGCCCAUACGCAGCCGCUGCCUGGCCGUCCGCGUUCCCCUUCCCAGCACAGAGGAGGUGUGUCACGUCCUCACGUCCGUGUGUAAGAAAGAGGGUCUCCUCCUGCCGCCCGAGCUGGCCAAGCGGAUCAGCGACAAGUCGGGGCGCAACCUCCGCAAGGCCCUGCUGAUGUGCGAGGCCUGCAGGGUCCAGCAGUACCCCUUCUCGCCGGACCAGGACGUCACAGAAACCGACUGGGAGUUGUUCCUCCGAGAAACGGCCAACGCCAUCGUCACUCAGCAGACCCCGCAGAGACUGUUGGAGGUGAGAGGUCGUCUGUACGAGCUGCUGACUCACUGCAUCCCUGCUGACGUCAUCAUGAAGGGUUUGGUGAGGGAGCUUCUGAACAACUGCGACGGGCACCUGAAGCCCGAGGUGGCGCACAUGGCGGCGUACUACGAGCACCGGCUGCAGCUGGGCAACAAAGCCAUCUACCACCUGGAGGCCUUCAUCGCCAAGUUCAUGGCCGUCUACAAGAAGUUCAUGGAAGACGGCCUGGACGCCAUGAUGUUCUGAUGGCGGAUUCUCUCGCGCACGCUCACAUUAAAAGUACUUUUUUAUAUUAACAUUGUUAGGACAUUUACUUAACUUUACACAAAUACACAGCACAGAAUAACAAUUGCUUAUGCUCAUUGGCUAUGCUAAUCAUGUUUCCACUGAGUGUCCUGUAAUAGUUUACAGUGUUUGGAAGUUUACAUCCGUAUGUGGUGUUUGUGUGAGAUCCAAAAAUGCAAUGGAGUGUUACCGUACCAAAAAGUGGGAGAGACUUGCUAGUUUGGGACCCUUUGGUUCUGUUUUCAUGUAACUGGAGGUGAGGGACCUUGAUCAUUAAUACAAGUUAAUAUAAAUGGAGAAGGACACCAUAAAGUUGUCAGUUAUUUUGGUACCCUUCACUACUUUUUUUUCAGUAUGUAACUGGAAGUCAUUGCUAUUGGCAUCACUUCAUAAGGUUACAACUUUUUUCCUUAAAAAACUUUUCUUGGAGAAAAUAUCCAUCCAUCCAUUUUCUG